CCGAGCCGAGCCCACCCGUGCCAUGCCCCGGGGCGGCGGCUGCCGCUCCUCCUCCCGGCGGCACAGCGGGGGGUAAGGGGCGCGCACCCCCCCCGGCACCGGCCAUGAGCCGACGUGCAGCGGGCAGCGCCUGAGCGCCCGGCCCGGUCCCGCCAUGCGGCCCCCGACGGCUCGGGACCUGCCCCGAGGCGGGCGCCUGGCGGCCCUGCUGCUGGCAGCGCUGGCGUGGGUGCCCGGUGGGUCGCCCGCCUGCCCCGCACUCUGCACCUGCUACGUCUCGCCGCCCACCGUCAGCUGCCAGGCCAACAACUUCUCCUCAGUGCCCGCGGGGCUCCCGCCUGGCGCCCGCCGCCUCUUCCUGCAGAACAACGUCAUCAGGGCGCUGCGGGCGGGCACCUUCGGGCCCAGCACCGUCACCCUCUGGCUCUACUCCAACAACAUCUCCUCCAUCCAGCCGGGCACUUUCCGCCACCUGCCCGCCCUCGAGGAGCUUGACCUGGGUGACAACCCGCACCUCCGCGUCUUGGCGCCCGACACCUUCCACGGCCUCCGGCGCCUCCAGGCCCUGCACCUCUACCGGUGCCAGCUGGCCAGCCUGCCCAGCGCCAUCUUCCGUGGCCUCCACAGCCUCCAGUACCUCUACCUGCAGGAGAACGGGCUGCUCUACCUCCAGGAUGAUCUCUUUGCCGAUUUGGCCAACCUGAGCCACCUCUUCCUGCACGGCAAUCGGCUGCGAGCUCUGUCCGAGGGCGUUUUCCGUGGGCUGCCCAGCCUGGAUCGUCUGCUGCUGCACGCCAACCGCCUGGCCACCGUGCACCGCCGCGCCUUCCGUGGCCUGGCCCGCCUCACCAUCCUCUACCUGUUCAACAACAGCCUGGCAGCGCUGCCCGGGGACCCGCUGGCCGCGCUGCCCUCCCUGCAGUUCCUGCGCCUCAACGCCAACCCCUGGGCCUGCGACUGCCGCGCACGCCCACUCUGGGCCUGGUUCCGUCGCACCCGUGUCUCCAGCUCUCCCGUGCCCUGCGCCAGCCCCCCGCACCGCCGUGGCACUGACCUACGGAACCUGCGGCCCCGUGACUUCGACGGCUGCCCCGAGGAGGACGAGGAGGAGCACGAAGGCAAAGAUGAGGAUGACAGCGAUGGAGGUGGUGGUGGUGGCGGGGCGGUGGCUGUGGUGGGCACCCCCGGGCGGGCGCUAGGCCGCCCUGGCACCCUGCCUGCCGCACCGCCUUCUGCCUUCUACCGUGAUGGGCUGCCACCCCACGACCUGCGGGGCUCCCAGCCCCGGCCACCCCCUCCGUCCCGUGACUCCCGUGGCCCUCCCGGGGAAACCCCUGUGGCUGCGGCCCCCUGCCCGGCCCCCACCCUCCUGCCCCUGCUGGGCCUGCUCCUGCCCCGUCUCUGAGCCAGACCGGGGGGGGCCUCCGGACCCCUCUCGGUUCCUCCUGAGGUGCUUGUGGCAGGAGGUGUCCCCAGGACUCUGCUCCCACCCGUCCCGAGUGAAAAGAACCCACGCAGGCAGCGCGCGGUUGGGAAUUCUUUAUUAAAAAUGGUCUUAUUUUGGGA